UACCGACAUAUUUCCAGACAUAUGUAAGGCAGUGGAUGAAUGUGAUGAAUCGGAAAUUACUUAGGAAUUCUUUAUGUUGAGUGAGGAGUGGGGAAUUUGCGAUGAGAUUACUGUAACAGAAAAUAGUCAACGACAUGUAUGUGAAGAGCAGUGUCCUGUUUUUGUAAAUUAUUAAGUACAUGUAAUUGAAAUGGAACACACAAAGACUUUAUCAAUAAGGAAGAUACAUGAGAAACUUUUGAGGCAACCAGAGUUGGAUUUAUUUCAAGUAUUUUUUUCAAUUAUUCCACUAAAUCAAGGUAAUAUUUUAACCAAUCGAAAUGCAAUCAAAGGGAAAUGGUGCCGUAUAAUGAAGAAAGUACUUAGUAAAAGUAGAGCAUCUGAUAAAGAAAAACAGGAACAGCUUUUAAAUGGAUUGAUAACUCUCGAGUUUAAGCACCAAAUGAAUAAAAAUCUUAAAACUGUAAAAAGUAGUGAGAUAUUUGAGAAAAAGAAGUGUACAAAUAAGAAGUCUAAGUGGUCCUCUGACACUGAAUUGAUCAAACAAUUUAAGAGAAGUGUCAUUAGGCUAAAACUACAACUUAGCAAAUGUAAGAAAACCUUAGCAGAGGUCAAGUUAGGUAAAAAUCAAGUUAAGGAACAAGUCAAGAAAGAUAAGUAAAUCAAAAAAUGAAGAACUCUUAAGAACCAAAAAUGAACGUCUCAAGCUAAAAGCAAAAAAUAAGAAACUAAAGAGACUUUCAGCUUUACAAACAGA